CGGAUCCCGCCGACGCCCAGUCCGCAUGCGCAGCAGAGCUGACUGCAGCGAGGGUCCAGAAGAUGGCGGAGAAAAUGUUAAGGAAUUGCUCGGGUCGAAGGACAUGGCGAGCGACAAACCGGCACUGCCGGUAAACAUGCAGCCUCCGGCUCCGGCUGGAGCUGGAGAAGACACCGGCUUAGGUGCUGGAGGAGAAGCCGGGGCCGGGGGUCCGGAGCUUGGCACCAAACCGCAGCCACCACCGCCGACAGCGACAGCAGCAGACACGGUGGGUUCGAUGGUGUCCAUCUCUGGCAUUAACCCCUCUGUGCCCAUCAGGAAUAUUAAGAUGAAAUUCGCCGUUGUCAUCGGCCUCAUCCAAGUUGGGGAGGUCAGCAACCGGGAUAUCGUGGAGACUGUGCUUAAUUUGCUAGUUGGUGGAGAAUUUGACUUGGAAAUUAACUUCAUCAUUCAGGAUACGGAAAGCAUAGCAUGCAUGAUAGAACUUCUUGAACACUGUGAAGUCACCUGCCAGGCUGAGAUUUGGAGUAUGUUCACAGCCAUUCUGCGCAAGAGUGUACGCAACCUUCAAGCAAGCACAGAGGUUGGCCUCAUUGAACAAGUGCUAUUAAAAAUGAGCAAAGUGGAUGACAUGAUAGCAGAUUUGUUGGUUGAUAUGUUGGGCGUUUUAGCAAGCUAUAGCAUUACUGUCAAGGAACUCAAGCUGCUUUUCAGCAUGCUGCGUGGAGAAAAUGGAUUUUGGCCAAGACAUGCAGUUAAAUUACUAUCAAUUCUAAAUCAGAUGCCACAGAGGCAAGGCCCAGAUACCUUCUUCAACUUUCCUGGACGGAGUGCAGCAGCCAUUGCUUUGCCGCCUAUUGCUAAGUGGCCUUACCAAAACGGUUUUACUUUGAAUACUUGGUUUCGAAUGGAUCCAUUAAAUAAUAUAAAUGUGGACAAAGACAAGCCGUAUCUCUAUUGCUUUCGAACAAGCAAAGGAGUUGGCUAUUCAGCACAUUUUGUUGGAAACUGUUUGAUUAUAACAUCAUUGAAAUCGAAAGGAAAAGGUUUCCAGCAUUGUGUAAAGUAUGAUUUUCAACCGAGAAAGUGGUACAUGAUCAGCAUUGUGCAUAUCUACAAUCGCUGGAGAAAUAGCGAAAUUCGUUGUUAUGUCAAUGGUCAGCUUGUUUCCUAUGGAGAUAUGGCUUGGCAUGUCAACACUAAUGAUAGCUUUGAUAAGUGCUUCCUGGGCUCAUCAGAAACUGCAGAUGCAAAUAGAGUAUUCUGUGGUCAGCUUGGAGCAGUGUUUGUGUUCACUGAAGCACUUAAUCCAGCGCAGAUAUUUGCAAUACAUCAGUUAGGACCUGGAUACAAGAGUACCUUUAAGUUCAAAUCGGAGAGUGACAUCCACCUUGCGGAACACCAUAAACAAGUUUUAUAUGAUGGGAAGCUGGCUAGUAGCAUUGCCUUUACUUAUAAUGCCAAAGCUACUGAUGCACAGCUUUGCCUCGAGUCAUCGCCAAAGGAAAACCCCUCAAUUUUUGUACAUUCUCCACAUGCACUAAUGCUGCAGGAUGUAAAAGCUAUUGUGACUCACUCGAUUCACAGUGCAAUCCACUCUGUUGGUGGCAUUCAGGUUCUUUUCCCACUUUUUGCACAGUUGGACUGCCAUCAGCCAAAUGACAAUCAACUAGAGACAACAGUUUGUGCAACCCUUCUAGCCUUUCUAGUUGAGCUACUAAAGAGCUCAGUGGCCAUGCAAGAACAAAUGUUGGGUGGAAAAGGCUUCUUGGUAAUCGGCUAUCUCUUAGAAAAGUCAUCCCGAGUUCAUAUUACACGAGCUGUCCUGGAGCAGUUUUUGUCCUUUGCUAAAUAUCUGGAUGGUUUGACCCAUGGAGCACCUUUACUAAAACAGUUGUGUGAUCACAUCCUGUUUAAUCCUGCAAUCUGGAUUCACACCCCUGCAAAGGUGCAGCUUUCACUUUAUACUUAUUUGUCAGCUGAAUUCAUUGGCACUGCUACCAUCUACAGUACUAUACGUAGAGUAGGCACUGUGCUGCAGCUAAUGCAUACUCUCAAAUAUUACUACUGGGUAAUUAAUCCAUCUGAUUGCAGUGGCAUAUCUUCCAAAGGACAAGAUGGCCCUCGUCCAUCUCAGAAAGAAAUUAUUUCAUUGCGGGCUUUUAUGCUGCUAUUUUUGAAGCAACUAAUUUUGAAGGAUCGUGGUGUCAAGGAGGAUGAGCUGCAAAGUAUUCUUAACUACCUGUUAACCAUGCAUGAGGAUGAAAACAUUCAUGAUGUUUUGCAACUAUUGGUUGCACUGAUGUCAGAGCACCCUGCAUCCAUGAUACCUGCUUUUGAUCAAAGAAACGGGAUACGUGUUAUUUACAAAUUAUUGGCUUCAAAAAGUGAAAGCAUCCGUGUUCAAGCGCUAAAAGUUCUGGGAUACUUCCUCAAGCACCUUGGUCAUAAAAGGAAGGUGGAGAUCAUGCACACACACAGUCUGUUCACUCUGCUUGGAGAAAGGUUAAUGCUUCACACCAGUACGCUUACUAUAACGACAUAUAACACACUUUAUGAGAUUUUGACUGAACAAGUUUGUACACAAGUUGUUCACAAGCCUCAUCCAGAACCUGACUCAACAAUAAAAAUUCAAAACCCAAUGAUUCUCAAGGUAGUUGCCACUUUGUUGAAAAAUUCUACACCAAGCAGUGAGCUGAUGGAAGUUAGACGUCUGUUUUUAUCAGAUAUGAUAAAAUUAUUCAGCAACAGUCGGGAAAACAGAAGGUGUCUUUUGCAGUGUUCAGUCUGGCAAGACUGGAUGUUCUCGCUUGGAUAUAUAAAUCCUAAAUGCACAGAUGAACAGAAAAUAACAGAGAUGGUCUACAACAUUUUCCGUAUUCUUCUGUAUCAUGCAAUUAAGUACGAAUGGGGAGGCUGGCGUGUUUGGGUAGAUACUCUGUCAAUAGCACAUUCUAAGGUCACCUAUGAAGCUCAUAAAGAAUACCUAGCCAAGAUGUAUGAAGAGUAUCAAAGGCAAGAAGAGGAAAAUAUCAAAAAAGGGAAAAAGGGUAGUGUCAGCACAAUUUCUGGCCUUUCCUCUCAAGCAAUAGGAUCCAAAGGAGGCAUUGAAGUCAGAGAAAUUGAAGAUGGUUCCCAGACUCAGAGCCCAGAGAGUGAAACUGACUACCCUGUCAACACGGAUUCUAGAAAUCUCCUAGUUGAAGCAAGGGUAUCCAGUAGUGGUGCAGACAUUUCAGACAGGCCAACAGCAGGAGUACACGUGGAGGUUCACGAUCUCUUGGUGGAUAUCAAAGCAGAGAAGGUCGAUGCCACUGAAGUAAAACUUGAUGACCUAGAUCUCUCACCUGAGACACUGGUUGCAGAAAAUUGUAACCUGGUGGAGGUAGAAUCUCUUUUGGACAAGGUUUAUACUUCUGCUGUGGAGAAACUACAGAACAAUAUUAAUAGCACCUCCAUUUCUCAACAGAGGGAACAGAGAGACAGUGGUCCCUUAAUAUCUCUGGUAGAUGAAAAAGAUAAUGAACCUAUUAAUAGUGCAUCAUUUCUCUUUGACAAAGCAGCAAACCAUCAGGAAAAACUACUGGCUGAUUUGCCAGCUGCUGACAAUCUUUCAAGUACGAAUGUGCCAGAGAACCAAAUACAUUCUAGUGCCAGCGAUGACCUGGGGCUGUUAGCUCAUAUGACCAGUAAUUCAGAUAUUACAAGUCCAAAGUCUAUAAUUGAGGAUAAGGAUUUCAAAAUUGCGACAAAUUUGGAAGAAAUGAGUAUCCUGUCUGAAUCAGAAGGAAUUGUUGCAAAAGCAAUGGAAUAUACUGAAAUGAUUGGCACAACCAUUGAUUCAGAACUAUCUUCAAAAAAGACUACAGGUAAUUUGGAUGCUGCUAGCACAGUUUCUGAUACUGACAGAUCCGAUGAUGGCAAAGAACCAGGGAAAGAAGUUAAAAAGAUUCAAACUACCACCACAACUCAGUCCAUUCAGGGACGAGGAGGUGGGUUUCAAGAAAGAGACCUGCGUGUUGAUCUGGGUUUCCGAGGGAUGCCAAUGACUGAGGAGCAGCGCCGACAGUUCAGUCCAGGACCACGAACUACCAUGUUCCGCAUCCCUGAAUUUAAAUGGUCCGCUAUGCAUCAGCGUUUGCUGACAGAUCUGCUUUUUGCUUUGGAAACAGAUGUGCAUGUUUGGCGGAGCCAUACUACAAAGUCUGUGAUGGAUUUUGUGAAUAGUAAUGAGAACAUAAUUUUUGUUCACAAUACAAUUCAUCUCAUUUCUCAAAUGGUGGAUAACAUCAUCAUUGCUUGUGGUGGAAUUUUGCCUUUGUUAUCAGCAGCCACCUCCCCAUCUACGGAGCUGGAAAAUAUAGAAGCAACUCAAGGCAUGUCGACAGAGACAGCAGUAACGUUCUUAAACAGGCUGAUGGCCAUGGUUGAUGUCUUAGUUUUCUCAAGCUCACUCAAUUUCAGUGAGAUUGAAGCAGAAAAAAACAUGUCAUCUGGAGGCUUAAUGCGGCAGUGCCUGAGACUUGUUUGUUGUGUUGCUGUGAGAAAUUGCUUGGAGUGCCGCCAGAGACAAAGGGAUAGGACAACAAAGAUUUCACUAACCAGUACUAAGCCCCAAGAGAGUCUUCAGAGUUUAACAGGAUCUGGUGCAGGCAAGGCUGGUGUUGAAAGUAUCGCUGGCAACCUUUCUCCAAUUAAAGAUCCUGACAGAUUACUGCAAGAUGUGGACAUUAAUCGCUUGCGAGCUGUUGUCUUUCGUGAUGUGGAUGACAGUAAACAGGCUCAGUUUUUGGCUUUGGCUGUUGUAUACUUUAUCUCUGUACUCAUGGUAUCAAAGUACAGAGACAUACUGGAACCACAGCGUGAAAUUUCAAGAUCUGGAAGCCAGAUAAGCCGCAAUAUUCGGCAAGAAAUUAAUUCACCAACAAGCACAGAGAAUCCUGUUACUUUCCCUGAAGGCAACAAAGAAAAAGAAAUUCUAACGCCAAUUGAAGAUAUACAAGUUGAAAGCUCUAUUCCACAUACUGACUCAGGAAUUGGAGAGGAGCAAAUAACUGGUGUUAUGAAUGGCUCUGAUUUGGAAACAGCAACUGUGCCAGAUACAAUGAAUGAACUUUUAUCUUCCUUGUCCUCCGAAGUAAAGAAAUCCCAAGAAAGCUUAGCUGAGAGCCCAAUUGAAGUGCUGAAACCAAGUUCAUCUGUAACGAGUGUCAGUCAAGGAAAAGGCAUGAAUGUCAAGGAAAUUCUGAAAAGCCUUGUUGCAGCACCUAUGGAGCGUGCAGAAUCUGGACCUGAACCUGUAUCAUACCCUGAUCCAACUGUGAAAAGAGAAGCUCAGACUGUUCUUCCAAUGCAGUUUCAUUCCUUUGACAGGAGUGUUGUUGUACCUGUGAAGAAACCACCUCCAGGCAGCUUGGCCGUUAAUACAGUUGGUGGUAUCGGUACUACGAGUAGUCUCGUCACUGGCAAUACAACCAACGUAAUCUCUCCUGCAACAGCCACACCAAAAAGUAUGAUAAAUACCACAGGUGCUGCGGAGGCUGCUUCCACUUCGUCCUCUUCCUCCUCUUCCAGUUUUGUGAAUGGUGCAACCAGCAAAAAUCUUCCUGCAGUACAAACAGUUGCUCCAAUGCCAGAAGAUUCUGCUGAAAAUAUGAGCAUCACAGCCAAACUUGAACGAGCCUUGGAAAAGGUUGCUCCUCUGUUACGUGAGAUUUUUGUGGACUUUGCUCCAUUUCUUUCAAGAACUCUGUUGGGCAGCCAUGGUCAAGAAUUGUUGAUCGAAGGCCUGGUGUGCAUGAAGUCUAGUACCUCUGUCGUAGAACUGGUUAUGUUGCUAUGUUCACAGGAAUGGCAGAAUUCCAUUCAGAAGAAUGCAGGACUGGCAUUUAUUGAACUCAUCAAUGAAGGAAGGUUGUUAUGCCAUGCAAUGAAGGACCACAUAGUUAGAGUGGCUAAUGAGGCGGAGUUCAUUCUGAAUCGACAGAGGGCAGAAGAUGUACAUAAGCAUGCAGAAUUUGAGUCCCAGUGCGCUCAAUAUACAGCGGACAGAAGAGAAGAAGAGAAGAUGUGUGAUCAUCUCAUUAGUGCUGCGAAGCAUCGUGAUCAUGUUACAGCAAAUCAAUUAAAACAAAAGAUUCUCAACAUCCUUACAAACAAGCAUGGUGCAUGGGGUACCAUUUCUCAGAGUCAGCAAAAUGAUUUUUGGCGUCUGGACUACUGGGAAGAUGACUUGCGUCGUCGACGCAGGUUCAUACGCAAUGCCUUUGGAUCAGUACAUCCUGAGGUCCUGUUGAAAUCUGCAGAAGACUAUGGUGCAGAAGAGGAUGUUAUAAAGUCGAAGAAAACUUUCCGGACCCAGGCAAUUGUGAAUCAGAACGCGGAAACCGAGCUCAUGUUGGAGGGCGAUGACGAUACCGUCAGUCUGUUACAAGAGAAAGAGAUCGACAAUCUGGCAGGUAAUCACCACGAAGAAGAUGAGUUGCCCUGUCUCGCAGGGCCUGUUGUCCUGAGUACUCCAGCUCAGUUAAUCGCACCGGUGGUCGUGGCUAAAGGAACCUUGUCUAUCACCACCACAGAAAUCUAUUUUGAAGUAGAAGAGGAUGACCAAGGGUUUAAAAAAAUCGACCCAAAAGUUCUUGCUUACACUGAAGGUUUACAUGGAAAAUGGAUGUUCAGCGAGAUACGGGCAGUCUUUUCAAGACACUAUCUCCUCCAGAGCACAGCUUUGGAAGUUUUCAUGGCCAACAGAACUUCAGUUAUGUUCAAUUUUCCAGACCAAGCUACAGUGAAGAAAGUUGUCUACAGUUUGCCUCGUGUUGGAGUUGGCACUAGUUAUGGAUUACCGCAGGCCAGGAGAAUAUCACUGGCUAGUCCUCGUCAGCUUUUUAAGUCCUCCAACAUGACACAACGUUGGCAACGGCGGGAAAUUUCAAACUUUGAAUACUUGAUGUUCCUUAAUACUGUAGCAGGUCGCACGUAUAAUGAUUUAAACCAGUACCCUGUGUUUCCUUGGGUUAUUACAAACUAUGAGUCUGAAGAGCUGGAUCUGACCCUACCAGGCAACUUCAGGGACCUAUCAAAGCCUAUUGGAUCUUUGAACCCAAAACGUGCUGUCUUCUAUGCUGAACGCUAUGAGACAUGGGAAGAUGAUCAAAUUCCACCUUAUCAUUACAAUACUCAUUAUUCUACAGCUACUUCCACUCUGUCAUGGCUUGUCAGAAUUGAGCCAUUUACCACAUUUUUCCUGAAUGCAAAUGAAGGAAAAUUUGAUUAUCCAGAGAGAACAUUCUCCUCCAUCACCAAAUCGUGGAGGAACUGUCAAAGAGACACAUCAGAUGUAAAAGAACUGAUUCCAGAAUUCUACUAUUUACCUGAAAUGUUCGUGAAUAGUAAUAACUAUAACCUUGGCAUCCGAGAAGAUGGCACUGUUGUUUCUGAUGUUGAGCUUCCAAUAUGGGCAAAGAAGCCAGAGGAUUUUGUCCGCAUUAAUAGAAUGGCUCUGGAGAGUGAAUUUGUUUCUUGCCAGUUGCAUCAGUGGAUUGACCUUAUUUUUGGAUAUAAACAGCGAGGCCCAGAGGCAGUUCGUGCUCUUAAUGUUUUCCACUACCUGACUUAUGAGGGUUCUGUGAAUUUAGACAGUAUCACAGAUUCUGGCCUUAGAGAGGCCAUGGAAGCGCACAUACAGAACCUUGGACAAAUGCCAUCUCAGUUGCUUAUUGAGCCACAUCCACCUCGAAGCUCUGCCAUGCACCUGUGUUUCCUUCCACAGAGCCCACUCAUGUUUAAGGAUCAAAUGCAGCAAGAUGUUAUAAUGGUGCUAAAAUUUCCAUCCAACUCCCCUGUUACCCAUGUGGCAGCCAACACACUGCCUCAUCUAAGCACCCCUGCUGUGGUCACUGUGACUUGCAGCAGGCUGUUUGCAGUGAAUAGGUGGCAUAACACUGUAGGUCUUAGAGGAGCUCCAGGAUAUUCUCUGGAACAGGCCCAUCACUUGCCGAUUGAAAUGGAUCCAUUGAUCGCCAAUAAUGCUGGUGUGAACAAGAGGCAGAUCACAGACCUUGUGGAUCAGAGCAUUCAGAUUAAUGCACACUGCUUUGUUGUGACAGCAGAUAAUCGUUACAUCCUGGUUUGUGGAUUUUGGGAUAAGAGUUUUCGAGUGUACUCAACAGAAACAGGGAAAUUGACACAGAUUGUGUUUGGACACUGGGAUGUGGUCACAUGCCUGGCCAGGUCAGAGUCCUAUAUUGGUGGAGAUUGUUAUAUUGUAUCAGGAUCUCGUGAUGCUACACUUCUGCUGUGGUACUGGAGUGGUCGGCACCAUAUCAUUGGAGACAACCCCAACAAUAGUGAUUAUCCUGCUCCUAGAGCUGUCUUGACUGGGCAUGACCAUGAAGUAGUUUCUGUAUCUGUGUGCGCUGAACUGGGACUUGUCAUCAGUGGUGCAAAAGAAGGGCCAUGUUUGGUGCAUACAAUUACUGGAGAUCUCCUUAGAGCCCUGGAGGGGCCAGAAAACUGUGUCUACCCACGUCUAAUCUCUGUAUCCAGUGAAGGUCAUUGCAUCAUCUACUAUGAGCGAGGAAGAUUCUGUAAUUUUAGCAUCAAUGGCAAAUUAUUAGGGCAGAUGGAGACCAAUGAUUCAACUAGAGCAUUACUUCUCAGCAGCGAUGGACAAAACCUGGUAACAGGUGGCGAUAAUGGUGUAGUUGAAGUGUGGCAAGCCUGUGACUUCAAGCAACUGUAUAUUUAUCCUGGUUGUGAUGCUGGCAUCAGAGCUAUGGACCUGUCACAUGAUCAAAGGACACUGAUAACAGGCAUGGCUUCGGGCAGUAUUGUAGCUUUUAACAUAGAUUUCAACCGGUGGCAUUAUGAACAUCAGAACAGGUACUAAGCCAAUUUUAGGGGAAGGCGGAAGUGUGAUUGCCAGUUCUAGCUGAGAGCACAAGUGCUGCAGUGAACAUCCAGGCAUAAGUGGUGGAACAUGAUGCCCUCUGCAUUGAUGUCUGUUAUACAUUCCAUUACAUCUAGCAAUAGUUGUACAUUGUAUUCUUUAUGUGUAAAAGCAAUCACAAUGGUCAUUUUCUUUCUUUCUAUCACUGAGAACCAGCCACAACAAAUGAAUGCCAUAUUAGUUUAAUUCAGUAAUGUAAACUAAAUGAAUCAGAAUGUUAAUUAAUUAAUACUUCCAAAUAAUUCUAUUGAUAAUGUGUCAGAAAAAAUUGUGAAGAAUGUAUCCAGUUAUUAUUCUUAAUACUGCAAGCUAAGAGACAAGCAUUUUAAAAAAUGCAUUCUUCUUCAUUUGCAGUCUGUACCCAAUCUAUGAAAUAAUGCUUUUCAUAAAUUCUACUUUAAUUCAUUACCUUUGAUAGAAACUGAAAAUCCUGAAAUAUCUGUUUCUUAACCAGUUUUGAAGUUCCAUCAUGCAGUCUAUAUAUCUAGUGUUCAUUAAGAUAAUUUUUCCAAAAAUAUACAGGUGAAACUCAGUAGAAAAUAACUAUCAUUUAUAGCAUUGAGGACAAAGUUGACUUGAUUAUCUAAUUUUAGUGUGGCAAUGAGAGCCCCAUUCAAUUUUAUGUUGUUAUUUUACAAACACAGUUUGGUUUCUAUACACUGUAAAAGUUGUAUUAAUGAGGUGAAUAUUACGAGAUCUCAGCUUCUCCAGCUUAGAAACUGCAUUUUCAGCUUUCCUAGUAGGCACAAGAUUAGGAGUACAUUGCAUUUUUUUUACUGUAGCAAAAGUCAUUUAAUAAUAUUUCUGGCAUACUAUUCAAAUUAAACCCAUACACGGGGUUAAAAAAAAUCACUUCAUGUUUUCCUCUUUGUAUAUUUGGUGACUGUAUUGUCAAAAGUCAUAGAUGUACAUACUGUGUUGGUAGGGCUAAGAGGCAUGUAAACAGGAAUGUAGUUUUCUUGGAAAUUACACUCACUCGCAGUUGUUUAUUUCAUUAAAUAAUUAUUGGAUUCUUUGUAUUGGCAUUUUGCACCAGAAACAUUAUUUAUUGCUGUGAUUAUUGAUUUGCCAUCUACACUGUAAUAGUAAAUUUUAGCACUGAGUUCUUUACUUGUUGUUUGUAUUUAAACAAUUAAAACCAUGAAGAAAGUCUGACUGCGUAAUUAAGUUGUACAUCACCUAAUGUGAGCAAUAUUAUGAGUUUUUAGUGUAGAAUUGGGAGGGGGGAAUUAGCAUCUGGAAAACAACUUCAUUUCAUCUGGAAAUCAUAGUGAAAUAUUUUGGAUAUACAAAAUCCUUGAGCUAUUGUAACGCUGUUUUAUGGCAAAGAUGUAAAAUAUGCCAGAUGUGUGUCAAUUCAAAACUAAAAUUGAAAAAAAAUAAAAUAUGCAAAGAAAUAAA